UUUUUGGUUUGGAAAAAUAAUGGCUUUUCUCUUCCUUCUUUCUCUCUCUCUCCCUCAAUUAUUUUCUCUUUCUUUUUUAAUAAUCCUCUCAAACACUACAUUCUCACAAAGAUUAUUGAUUUAGGCGUCGCUUUUCAUUUUCCUUCUUUUAUUUUUACUUAUUUCCUUUACCUUCUUUCACUUUAUUCUAAAUUUUUAGAUGUUUUUUUUGAUUGUUUAUUAAAAUUUUAUAUUUCUAAUUUAUUCAUAUUAAGGUUUUCUAAUAUAAAUAUAUUUAAUUUAUACGUAGAAUAAACAAAUGUAUUACUUAUUUAAAUAUAUAAUUCUUGGGGACACAGGUGUUGGAAAGUCAUGUAUAUUUUCUCAAUUUACUGAAAAAUGUUUCACACCAACUCAUGAUUCUGAAAAUGGUCUACAAUUUGGAGUAAGAAAGAUUACUAUUUAUGGAAAACAAAUUAAAUUACAAAUCUGGGACACUGAUGAUCAAGAAUCAUUUCGUCCAAUUACUCGUUCUUACUAUCAAGGAGCUGCUGGUGUUUUGCUUGUUUAUGACAUAACCCGACGUGACACUUUUAAUCAUUUAACAUCUUAUUUAAAAAAUGCACGAAAUAAUUCGAAUUCUAAUGUGGUUAUUAUGUUGAUUGGUAAUAAAAGUGAUCUUAAAUCAAGCCGUGAGGUUAAACGUAAAGAGGGUGAAUCAUUUGCACGUGAAAAUGGUUUGGUCUUUAUGGAGACUUCAGCAAAAACGGUAGCUAAUGUUGAAAAAGCUUUUAUUGAUACAGCAAAGGAAAUCUAUAGGAAGAUGCAGGUUGAAGUUUGUAAAAAUUUUUAUUGAAAUAUAAAAUUAUUUAAAUUUUUGAAUAACAAUGACGAUUAUGUUGAGUCAAUUUAUGAUAGAGUGAAUUUUUUUGAGAAAAUAUUGGGUCGUCCGAUGCGAAACUGCGCGUUUCGCGCACGGCUCAGUAUACAAAAAAUGUUGAAAUCGCCUGCUGUAUCUAGGUCCAGUCAAUUAUAUAAAAUAAAGAACGUUGGACCUCUGAAGAUCCGUUUAUCUAAAAAAAAGAAAAGAACAUAUGGGAGUGUAGAAGAACGUGAGUGUUUUUAUAUUAAACCAUUUAAAGUUUUAUUCAUUCUCAGU